GCUUUAACAGCUAAUCAGAGUGUAAUGAAAGCUAAAUUAGUGACAGAAACCUGCUCAAGCAACUCAGAAAGGACCAAACUGUACGUCAAAGGAAUGCAGAGGGAAUGAGAGCGAGCUUAAUCACUAAUUUGCAUCAGCGCUUCAUGAACAGAGGUGGAGCAACUCGUGCAGCCCAGCACUAUAAAACCAUCAGAGCUGCGACUUUAUGGACCGACCUCUUUGCUUCUAUAACUGGCCUCAUAUAUGCCUGGAACACAACUCACUAAGGGUGGCCCACUGAAUCUCUGCAGAACUUCUACUUCACAGUAUCCCAGCACUCAAAACACAAAGGAGCUACAACCACUCAUGGCAAAUCCAAUCUGUGAAACUACAGAGCAGAAGAAACAGCAGCCACAGGGACCCGAGAGGCCAAAUUCACAUCAGAAGUUUAAAGCAAAGCUCAUGCAAUGGGUUUCUUACAUUGCUGGAGACAUGGCUGCGUUCGGUGAAUGGAUGAAAGGGCAAUUUAUCUUGCUCCAGAUUCUGGACUGGGUGCUGCGGGGAGCUGCUCAGGUGAUGUUUGUGAACAACCCUCUCAGUGGACUGAUCAUCUUUGCUGGACUGAUCCUGCAGAACCGUUGGUGGGCACUCAAUGGUUUUGUUGGCACUUUGUUUGCUACGAUUUCUGCCCUCAUCAUUGGUCAGAACAGAGGUGCAAUCGCAAACGGCCUGUACGGAUAUAACGGCAUCUUAGUUGGUCUCCUGAUGGCGGUUUUCUCAAAUGCAGGAGAUUGGUAUUGGUGGCUGCUUCUUCCCAACAUUUUCAUGUCAAUGGCAUGUCCCAUAGUGUCCAGUGCCUUGGCUUCCAUCAACAGUCGGUGGGACCUUCCUGUUUUCACCCUGCCAUUUAACAUACUAGUGUGUCUCCAUAUGGUGGCUACAGGCCACUACAAUCACCACUUCCCUCAGGUUCUCUUCCAGCCACGCACAUCCAUGCAUAACUUGACAUGGUCUGAGCUGGAUUAUCCUAAGCUCUUCCGCUCAAUCCCUGUGGGUAUUGGACAGGUAUAUGGGUGUGACAAUGCUUGGACAGGAGGAAUAUUCAUGAUCGCCUUAUUUAUCUCCUCACCCAUAACAUUUGCACAUGCAACUAUUGGAUCAGCAGUUGGUAUGGUGUCAGGUCUUGCUCUUGCUGCGCCGUUCCAGAACAUCUACUUUGGCCUGUGGGGUUAUAACUGUGUUUUGGCCUGCAUUGCCAUUGGUGGGAUGUUCUACGCUCUCACAUGGCAGACACAUCUUCUGGCUGUGGCCUGUGCAUUCUUCUGUGCAUAUCUUGGCUCUGCAAUCGCAAAUGUGAUGUCUACUUUUGGACUCCCAGCAUGCACCUGGCCCUUCUGUCUCUCUGCCCUCACUUUCCUUUUGAUCACUACGGAGAUAAAAAACAUUUAUAAACUGCCCCUUGCUAACGUCACCUACCCUGAGAAAAACCUGAUAUACUUCUGGAAGAUGAAGAAAGAGGAGAGGAUCGCCAAACAAAGGAAAAAGCAAGAGAAAGACAUGGCUUCACAGCAGAAGAAAGAGGAAAUAAUGGCUGCAAUGGAAAUGAAAGCUCAUCAGCAUCUUGAUGUUUGCACUGUGGACGUUCAGCAAGAGGAAACCACACAAAAUAGACCAGAUAGGAAUUCAGAGGCAACUGAACUUAAUUUAACUAAAUUAUAAAUCUCCCUAAAAUGGUUCACAUGAUGUUUAUUUGCUCAAGGAAAAUGCCACACAAAAAAUAGCUAAGGGAAAUUGUUCUGCUUUUA